AUGAAACCAUAUGAAUUCAUGAGAAAUUUUGACCCAAAGCUGGGUAGAUUUGUAUAUAAGCACAAAGGAAGUGGUAUAAUUGUCAAUAAUAUUCUCAAACCAAUGAGAAGAGGUGCAUCUUCAUUAACCAAAACAGUUGUCAAACCAUUUGCUAAAAAAGCACUGCAAUCCGGUAUUUCACAUGCUGGUGAUAAAUUAGGUGAAAAAGCUGCUGAAAAAAAGUGGGGAUUUUAUUAUGAAAAAGCUGGCAAGUCAAUUCUCUAAAACCAAAACUCCAUCAAUAAGACCAAAAUAUUCCAGUCAAACAAGAGGAAUCAACAGACAUGGCAAUAAAACGUUUGAUAUCUGGAACAGGAAUAAAAAGGAGGGGAGGAAAAAUAGUGUAACCUAAUAAUAUCAACGGCUUUUAGACCAAGUGAUUAUUUGCAAGGAAAUGAACUGGUGAGAUAUCAGCUAGAUGAUGUCAUCAGAUCACCUGGAAACAACCAACACCAAAUAAAGAAUGAUUAUAAAUUCACAAUAAAUGACAGGAGUUCAUUUUGUGAUUGGUAUAAUGCCUAUUUUGAGGUCCUGUUCCAGCUUCAAAAACUUCCCGAAGGAGCGAGAUAUGAAGCGGCUGAUAGAAUAACAGUAAUUAAUGGUGCUCACAGCCUUAUGAAGCAUCUAAUGAUAAAAUCAGCAGGCAAAAUUGUAUAUGAUACAGACAACCUUCAUAAUGUCACAUUUACAAAGAAUCUAUUGGAGUAUUCUGAUGAUUACAGCAGAUCAGUUGCAAAAAACAGUCUAUGGUAUUUAGAUACUGAUAAUACCACAGCAAACACAAAUACGCGAUUUGAAGCACGUCGAUUGCUCACCCAAGCAAAUAAUAAUAACGGUGGCGGAGGAGCAAAAGAUGGCAAUGUAAUAAUUCCACUAAACAGAUACUCGUUUUUUUAA